AACGCCGGAGAUAGCCUACUGUUGCCACCAAACUAAAGCAAUCAGCGCCUAGACUUAUGAACAAUGGUCGUAAAAUCUGCAUUUCUUGUGUGGUGUUGAUUUGAUUCAUAAAUGCGACUUUCCUAAUCAAAUUGUUUGUCGCAAGACGUUUAUCAUUAUGUGGCUAUCGUAUUCAUUCCGAAUAGAUAGGCUAUAAUAGUAUCUCCAAAACGGAAAGCAAGGGCGGAAUGGACUACCCGAUCUCAUGAAAACGCACAAGCCAAGUAACUACGUAUCAGAAGAAAACGAGUGCUCUUUGUUCUGUUCUUGGUUUCCUCGUCCGUGAAAAUCGGCUAGAUGGCGCCAUUGCUCCAUGCUGCAGCACAUAAAUUCAACAACUUGACCCCACUGACGUCAAGACGGUCUGGCGCAUCAAGGCCACUUUCAAAACCCUAUUGGUCUGAAAAUCACAUGACAAAGCUCCUUGAAUCCAUAAUUAUGUUGCUGAUAUUUUUCGCCCCCCCAAAAGAUGUCAGCGUCCUACUGUCCUUAUCCACUCCGGUGUAAAGGAGAUUGUUUUGAAUCAAAAGGAAAACAAGGCAAGUAGCAAAAUGUCAUGCCCGAACAACGUGGCAGCCAAUGCAUUCCUGAUGGACUCGCUGGUGGGAAGAACAUCUCCUUACAGAGGUGAGAGCUAUUCCAUUAACUCUGGAAUGUACAUGCAAACGUCUGCAGAAUAUGGUUGCUCCAUGAUGGGUAGUUUUGGUAUUGUUGGUACUCCUCUCUCCAAACGGAAUGAUGUGCAACCGAAUGGGAUGCAUCUCAGCAGUUACCAGCAGCACUCACAUUACCUGUCGCAGCAGGACACUUGGAUCGCAGGCUCUAAAACUUACAGAGACUCACAACCUGUUGCCCAGCCUUUGCACCCAUGCUCGUUUCCAGCCAGUAAUGUGAAAGAGGAAGCGAUUCCUUGUCUUUACCAGCCUGAUAUCGACAGCGCUAAAGAGUCCGCUGAGAAAUCCACCUACAUCCGUCUGGGAGACAAUAACAGCCACCCGAAUCAAAGCGCCGUCUCCACCCCCGAGUAUUUCCGACGGAGCCAGGUGUACGCCAGUGAGAGGGGCCACCAUGGAGAUGAGCUCGGCUCGGACUUUAACCCAAUACCCAGAAUAUCCACCCCUGUUGAAGCACUAGCAACAGAUUCAUUUAACAAAAGCAGCAAAUCAAGGCAGGACCCAGAAAUCAAGGGACGGAAUACGCAGGAAGACGACAUGGAUCAGAGACGGACAAGAAAAGAGGAGAGUGUCUCAAAAACAGACAGUUGUACUGAUGAGUCCGAGAGCGAAUUGAAAGAUGAGGCUAAAUUGGAAAAAACAACGGGGAACUGGUUACAAGCGAAAAGUGGAAGAAAGAAGAGAUGUCCUUACACAAAACAUCAGACACUUGAGCUGGAGAAGGAGUUCUUGUUCAACAUGUACUUGACUCGAGAGCGCCGUCUGGAGAUCAGCAAGAGUAUCAACCUCACAGAUAGACAGGUCAAGAUCUGGUUCCAAAACAGAAGGAUGAAGCUGAAGAAGCUCAACAGAGAAAGUCGCGUCCGAGGGCUUACAGGCUAUAGUUUCAACUGAGCGCUUCAGACAGACAGAAAAAUAAGAAAUUACAACUUCUCAUUUCUCCUUUUGAAUUCUUUUGAAAAUCUCAUAUACACACAUAUACAAAUACAGAAUAGCAAAGCACUGGUCUUGACUGGCUUUAAUGUAAGGGCCUGGAUCAUCCUGCAAACAGUAUUAACUAAUUUAUCAUUGUUAAAUAGAGCAGAAUAAUAACUGUAAAAAUGUCAGUAGCGUAAGAAAAGGUUGCUUGGUGCAAAUAUUCCUGGCCGAUUUGUAAUUUAAAAAAAGUUAAAUAUAUGAGUGAGAUGUCUAUUCGAUAUCUUAGAUUAGUUUGUUUGCUGUCAGUGCGCUUUUCCUACAAUGCGCGCUCUGUAUUUUGCAUGCGUUGUUCUUUGACGUGUAUUUGUCAAUUUGAUGUUUAACUCGAGAGGCUGAUAAAUAAAACGGGGGACGGGGAAAUAUAA